CGCAAACUACGAGGGUAUUGUUUCACUUCGAUUGCUCUCGUUAGCCAUUCAUGCUCCUCAAGAGUCCUGUUUUGGGUCUUUAGCUUUCUUGCUCUGUUCUUGGGGAAGUAAGCUCAACGGGACGCUGACAGGCUCGCGCUAAUCUUGGUCAAGAGUUUGAACCUCAACUGAAGCCUUGUAAGCGGUAAAGUUUUGAACUUUUGGGACGCGUCCUGUAUCAUGAAUGGAUUCUAACGGAGAAGGUCUAAAAGGCAGCGAAAUCGCCAUGUCGCAGAAAAGGAAUGUCAAUGGAAAUGAUAUAGUUGUGAACAUCCCGACUGAAGGGGAUGCAAAAGCUGUGACUGAGGGCGGGGGCUUAAAAGGGUCGUCUCCCAAGGAGUUGGAAACUGCUGCUCCGAAACAAACCCCGGUGGAUUCUGCCUGCCAGGCAUCGAGUGAAUCAAGCACCGUUGUUGCAAAAUCAGAGCCAAUGAGCUGCCCGUCUCCCAAUGCUAACGAAUCUCUUGUUAGGAAAAGGAGUCUCAACAGGUCGAUUUUCUCAAAACGGAAGUCGAGGUUUGGGGAGCAACAGUAUCCUCUUGAUGCCACUAUGUUUGAAGAAAAGCCCAAUGCAUUGUUGCAAGAACAAGCCGGUGGGCACUCUCCUUUCAGAGGCUCAUUUAAUCAGGCAUCACCCAAUAACAGAUUGACACGUUCGGCCAGGAAUGUUCCUGUCACUCCGGGACCAGCUGGAGGAGGAGGUGGAGAGGAGGAUGACGAAGAGAUCUACAAACAAGUCACUCUUGAAUUGAGCCAAGCAAAGCAAAAGAGGAUAAAGACCAAGGCUUUGGUCGAAUGCACCCUGUUUUAUCUCAUUCUUGGGUGCUUGGUGGCUAGUUUAACGGUCAAUCAAUUGGAAGAACGUAAGUUAUGGGGUUUACAGAUGUGGAAGUGGUGUGUACUCGUGAUGGUGUUAUUCUCUGGCAUAUUGGUUACCAAUUGGGUGAUGCAUCUCAUAGUUUUCUUGAUUGAGAAAAAAAAUUUACUUCAGAAAAAGGUGCUCUACUUCGUUCAUAGUUUGAAGAAAAGCAUUCAAGUUUUCAGUUGGUUGGCCUUUGUUCUUCUCACGUGGGUACUGUUAUUCAGUCGAGGCGUCAGGAGGUCAAAGAUCGCCAAUAAGGUUUUGGAUUGCAUAACCUGGACUCUUGUCUCUGUCCUUAUCGGUUCAUUCCUAUGGUUCUUAAAGACUUUACUGCUGAAGAUAUUGGCAUCGAGUUUCCAUGUCACUGCAUUCUUUGAUCGAAUUCAAGAGUCGAUCUUCCAUCACUACGUUUUGCAAACCUUAUCUGGGCCUCCUCUUAUAGAGGAGGCUGAGAGGGUGGGGAAAGAUCCUAGUGUCCGCGAGUUUAGUUUCAGAACCAUGAAGAAAGGUAAAUUGGGAAAGGAGAAGAAGGUGAUUGAUAUGGGGAAGAUAUAUAGGAUGAAGCAAGAGAAGGUUUCGGCUUGGACGAUGAAGAUGUUGAUUGACGCAGUGACAAAUUCGGGGCUAUCGACCUUAUCGAAUACAUUGGAUGAAAGUGUUGAUGAUGGAGGAGUUGAGCAAGCGGAUAAGGAGAUAACGAAUGAGAUGGAAGCGAUGGCUGCUGCGUAUCACAUUUUCAGGAACGUCGCUCCGCCAAGUUGCAAGUACUUUGAAGAAGAAGAUCUUGGGAGGUUCAUGAUCAAGGAAGAGGUGGAUCUUAUCUUCCCAUUGCUUGAAGGAGCAGAAACUGGAAAAAUUGACAUAAAAUCUUUGUCAGACUGGGUGGUGAAGGUUUAUCAAGGCCGCAAAGCACUGGUACAUGCUUUGACGGAUACAAAAACAGCAGUAAAGCAAUUGAACAAGCUCAUGACAGGAAUAUUGAUCGUCAUUACCAUCAUCAUAUGGCUUCUUUUGAUGGAAAUUGCUACGACCAAAGUACUAGUCCUGCUUUCAUCACAGCUUGUCAUGGCAGCUUUCAUUUUCGGCAACACUUGCAAGACAAUAUUUGAGGCUAUCAUCUUUGUGUUUGUUAUGCAUCCAUUUGAUGUUGGCGAUCGUUGUGUUAUUGAUGGAGUUCAGUUGUUGGUGGAGGAGAUGAAUAUCUUGAACACUGUCUUCUUGAAGCUUGAUAAUGAAAAAAUCUACUAUCCAAAUUCAGUUUUGUUUACGAAACCUAUAAGCAAUUACAACAGAAGCUCAGACAUGGGCGAUAAGGUGGAGUUCUCAAUUGAUAUUAUGACUCCAUUGGAAACAAUUGGAGCAAUGAAAGAGAAGAUAAAAAAGUACUUGGAGAAAAAUCAGCUACACUGGCGCCCGAACCACAACUUGCUUGUGAGUGAGAUCAACAACGUGAACAAGAUUAAGAUGGGGCUCUACAUCAAUCACACAAUGAACUUCCAAGAUUAUGCAGAGAAGGGCAGACGGAAGACUGAACUAGUCAUGGAGUUAAAAAAGAUUUUCGAUGACUUGAAGAUUAGAUAUAAUCUCUUUCCUCGAGAGGUCUGUCUUUGCCAGAUUGAGGAUGAGAAAUAGGCGUGAAGGGCAGGUGAUGACUGCAUUUGGCCGUCGAAUAAAUGCUCUGAAAAUAUGCCGAAGUCAGUGGUUUCGUCCGCUUGCUAAAUAAAGGAGGUGACUAGGUCUUUUGAUAAAUUGGGCUACCUCACUGUUCUUUUCAUAUGGCGAUGGAGCAAGGCCUACAGAAGACAGUUGCAUCGCCUCGGGCAUGUCAAGACAAUCAAAAGACCCAAUUACUGAUGCACGAUAAUUGUGUAUUGCAAAGCAUACCUUAAUCUUGUUCUGUCUUUUGGAUGUUAUGGGACGCGUUUUUUAUAUUGUGGCUUCGCGACUCUGUCCCAGUUGUUAUUUGAAACAUGGGGCUAUGAAUGAUGUUAGUGAAUGUAAUCUACCUUACCUUGAGUAUGAGUUAUUUGCUCAGCCAAAUACGUGUGAUCA